CGAGAAGUAAAACGAGACUUGUAGAAUUUUGCAUAACUUUCAUAAUUUCGCAUGUUUUACUUAUUAUCUCUUUAACCAUGAUAUGUAGAUUUUGUAAAACCUCUUGGAGUGUCAUUCGACAUGGCAGAAACACGAUCAGUAGAUCAUUUCAAACACAAAGUGCGGAAUUGGCUGCUGCAACUGCAGGUCGUGUGCAGAAAGCUCCUGAUAAAGAGAUCCCAGAGAUAAAACCCUUGUAUCUUGAUGCCCAAUCUACCACACCCCUUGACCCGCGUGUACUGGAUGCAAUGCUUCCUUACAAUGUUAACUUCUACGGGAACCCCCACUCACGUACACAUGCCUAUGGAUGGGAGUCGGAGUCUGCUGUAGAGAAAGCAAGACAGCAAGUGGCAGAUCUGAUUGGAGCGGAUGCUCGUGAGAUUAUCUUUACUAGUGGAGCCACAGAGUCUAAUAAUAUUGCAGUUAAGGGAGUCGGCAGAUUCUACAAGUCUAAGAAAAAGCACGUCAUCACUACACAAACAGAACACAAAUGUGUGCUAGAUUCAUGCAGGGUGCUAGAGUCUGAAGGUUUUGAUGUCACAUACUUGCCGGUUAAACCAAAUGGACUUAUAGAUAUGCAGCAAUUUGAAGCUGCGUUGAGACCAGACACUUCGUUAGUAUCUAUCAUGAUGGUCAACAAUGAAAUAGGAGUUCGUCAGCCAGUUGAAGACAUAGGUGAGCUCUGUAGAUCAAAGAAAGUUUUCUUCCACACUGAUGCUGCCCAGGCUGUUGGCAAAAUACCAGUUGAUGUUAACAAAAUGAAGAUUGAUCUUCUCUCCAUAAGUGGACACAAGAUAUAUGGACCCAAGGGUGUUGGUGCAUUAUACAUACGCAGACGUCCAAGAGUGAGAAUUGAAGCUCCACAGAGUGGAGGUGGUCAGGAACGUGGUAUGAGGAGCGGUACUGUCCCGACCCCUCUUUGUGUCGGAUUAGGAGCUGCAUGUGAAAUUAGUCAGCAGGAAAUGGAGUAUGACCAUAAAAGGAUAUCUGCACUGUCCAAGAGACUCAUUGACAAGUGUAUGUCAAACAUGACGCAUGUAAUACGUAAUGGUGAUCCUGAACACACAUAUCCGGGCUGCGUCAACCUGUCAUUUGCGUAUGUUGAGGGAGAGAGCUUAUUGAUGGCAUUAAAGGACAUUGCGCUCUCAUCUGGAAGUGCCUGUACUUCAGCAUCUUUAGAACCAUCAUACGUUCUUAGAGCUAUUGGUGCUGAUGAAGACUUGGCACAUUCAUCUAUAAGGUUUGGAAUUGGCAGGUUUACCACAGAGGCAGAAGUUGAUUUCACAGCUGAGAAGUGUAUAGAACAUGUGACACUGUUGCGUGAGAUGAGUCCUCUUUGGGAGAUGGUACAAGAAGGGAUUGAUCUGAAGACCAUCAAAUGGGCUCAACACUAGGCCCAUAAAAACAACAGUUACAAGAGAUGAACAAUGAUAGUGACAUAGAAGGGUGCGACAUGAACAUCAGAGCCAGUUAUGUUUAAUCUGGACCGGCUUAUUUUUCAGCAUGAGAAGUCAAAUAAAUUGGCUACUGGUUUAUGAUUUAUGAACUGUGGGACUAAAAUCGAUAUGAUGCACCCUGCUGGCCUAGUUUUGGGGUUAAAAGAGAACCGGGCAAUGUCUUUACAUCUCUGAGUAUAACUAAUGCAAUACUAAAUGACACCAAAACAAAAUGAAUCAAACUACAGAUAUAGUAUUACAUCAAAUGUUUCAAAUCGAUGUUUCUACAACUCUGACUCUGAUGUUAAUAUCAGUGAUGUCAUAUAUUUGUGAUGUCAUAAGUUUGUGAUGUCGUAUGAUACCAAAUGGAAUAUUGUAAGCAAGCGCACAAUUUCAUAGAAUAUUACUUUAUUGCAGUAUGUGUAAAUAUAAAUGCAUAUACAUAUAUUUACAUAUAUAUGUAUACAAGUAUAGACUCGUAGGUCAACAGUUGAAAACGGAAACUGUAAACGUUGAAAGUACUGUUGACUUAGAUGGUGUUAAAUGAACAAUUAAACAAUUAGAAAAAUAAAACAAUUAUAGACCUUAGUAAGUAAAUGGUUAAAAUAGUACGUCUUGGUUACAUUGUUGUGAAAUCUUUUUGAUAGUUUACCUGAACGUAGGUCAAUAGUAUUUUUGUAGAUCUAUAUAUGACUUUGUUAUUUCACCUCCACAAGUU